UCCGUAAAAAAUGUUGCGUCUAACUUUGCUGGUUUUACUAUUAGGCUGUGCUCUUAGCAUUACGUUGGCUGCCAACAGCUACGAGGGCUAUGGUAUCUACGAGGUGCGACCAGCUAAUGCCGCGCAGACGGAGCUGCUCCACGAGCUGAGCCACCAGGGUUACGACUUCUUCAGCCUAAGUCGUUUGGUUGGCAAGGAGUCGCGUGUUUUAUUGAGUCCUGCACAGCGUGAGAGUUUUGAUAAAUUGCUCGCAGACCAAGGGAUGAGCCACAACAUUCUUAAUGGCAACGUUGGUGCUACCAUUGCCGAGGAGUUCGCGCAGCUCCAGCUACAACGUCGUCUCUUCCCCAUCACAGGCAAGGGUCGACUUAGCACGGAACGUUACUACACUCAUGCGGAGAUCAUAAGCUAUAUUAAUGAUUUGGCAGUACGUUACCCAACCCGUGUAUUCGUCAAAACCGUUGGGUGGUCUUAUGAGAAACGCGAGCUUAAAACAAUUACAAUUACCAAUGGGGAUGGCCGUCCAAAUAAGAAGGUUAACUUUAUGGAUGGGGGUUUCCAUGCUCGUGAGUGGAUCUCUCCAGCUGCUGUCCUCUAUGUUAUCGAUCAGCUGGUGGAGAACUUUGAAAAUAACGCAGAGCUUUUGCUGGACUACGAUUGGGUCAUACUGCCUGUGGUCAAUCCCGAUGGCUAUGAGUACACCCAGACGGGAACAGUGGCGCGCAUGUUCCGUAGAACACGUCAGCCAUAUAAAUAUUUAGGAGUGACUUGCCAUGGCGCCGACCCGAAUCGUAACUUUGAUUUCCAUUGGGCUGAAGAGGGUGCCUCGACGACUCCAUGCACCGACACAUAUGCAGGACCAACGCCAUUUUCGGAACCGGAAACCAUUGUGGUGCGUGAUUUAAUGCACUCGCUUUCUGCUCGUGGCAUAAUGUACCUUACUAUCCAUUCUUAUGGCAACUAUCUUCUCUAUCCGUGGGGCUGGACUAGUGACCUGCCCGACACCUGGGAGGAUCUAGAUGAGGUGGCGCGCGCUGGUGCCGACGCUAUAGAGGAGGCUACGGGAACUCAAUAUACCUAUGGAUCGUCCACGAAUGUACUGUACAUCGCAGCAGGUGCGAGUGAUGAUUACGGGUUCUAUGCCGGGUUCAACGUAUCGAUUACCAUGGAACUGAGUGCGGGGGGUGCUACGGGCUUCGAUCCGCCCGCAACGAAAAUUGAUGAGUAUGUGAAGGAAACUUGGAUUGGCAUCCGCGCUAUGGCCCAGAAGCUACUGGAAAAGUAUUAGAUAUUUGCUACUAGACGUGCAAUUAAUUAAAUUUAUCGAUCAUUAUGCUUGCACAACGGCUUUUUGAGAUAAAUAAACAGAUAGUGAACAUUUUGGCCAAUGUGUGCAUGAUAUCGAA